CCAUGUGCUAUUUCAGUUGCAGUUUACAUCGCUUCAAUUCUAGCAUCUCCAAAUUGCAAAAACUGUCUGUUUGAAAAGUGUGAUGAAGACGGAAAAUGUACUGACGGGUGUGAACCAGGCUAUGCUGAUAUAUACUGUCAACAUCCAUGUCAGGAGACCUGUUCAAAAGGCAGGUGUAUUGUGGACAACCACACAGGAAAGACAAUGUGUACAGAGGGGUGUGUUGAUGGCUUCUGUUACCCUGCAUGUAAGAUACCUUGUCCUGAAGGAUGUCUACGUUGUGAGCGUAUGCUCUGUGAAAACUGUACACUUUGUGAGAGUCACUUGUAUGGACAGAGUUGUCAACACUCAUGUGAUGAGAAGUGUAACGGAUAUGCAUGUAGUAUUCAGGGAAACUGCUCAAUGGACAAAUGUAUGGAUGGUCGGUACGGCAAACUUUGCAGUAAAUCAUGUAAACCGAGGUAUGAGUCAUGUCACCAAGAGAGUGGACAAUGCAUUAAAUGCCGACGAGGGUUAUUCGGCGACGACUGCCAGAAUCACUGUUCACACGAGUGUCUAUCAAUGGAAGAAGAUGAAAUGUUCAGGUGCAGUUCGGGAUGCACACUGUGCGAGUUACCGCCUCAUACUGAUUCUAAGAAAGAUCUGGCAUGUACAGACAAUGGCAUGGAGGUCCAAAUUAACUCUACCCUUGGACUUUGUAGCGCUGUGCUGUUGGUUGCUGUGACAAUACUUUGCCUUAACAUCAAAGCCCUUCUGAGAUCUGCAAGACAAGACGACUAUAGGUAGUAUUCAUUAUUUUGCAUCAGUUCCUUUCAGUAACAUUCAUGCACCUACGGUACAGUAGAUACCACUAUAAGAUACUUUUCCAAGUACAGUCCGUUUGGCUCAAAAGCGGACCAAUGAAUUUCAAUCUAACUCGGAAACAUAUAAGACUCAAUGGAACGUUGAUGAUAAUAAAAACAUCACACUAACUCUAAAAA